AUGGAACAACCAAAAGAUGUGAAUGCCAGUUUCAGCUCCUUAGAUGAUAAUUGGUAACGCUUCCAGUUGAAACAAACUCAUUAAAAAAUGAUUUAGGGAUACUGAUAUGAAUGUGCUCAGCAACGAAAUGAAUGAAAUCAACAAAGAAGAAAAGUGGGACGAUGAGGCCAGUUGGCUAGUAAGGAAACUAUUAUCGUCUUUAUAAAUAACAGUUACUUUCAGCGUUUCCUCGGUGUAUCUCUGAAACCGAAUCCUCUAGAUGAUUGGGAUCAACUGUACAACUUGAACAGUCAAUGUGCUCUUCGAAAUGAUUGCCGGAAACUGGCAAAUGUGUUGAAAAAUAAGCGGAGUGUCCCGGAGUUAGAAUCGUUUUUGACGUUGUAUUGCAAAAAGAGGGGAAUGGAUUAUCAGAAGAAUGCUGGAUGGCUGACUGUAAGUCUUUCACACUUAACCCAAGCUCUUAUCAACAGUUUGAUUUUUGCAGAUUCUGGAAAAAAUAAUGCUGAUAGACCUUCCACAAAGCCACGAAUUCAACGCUUUCUUCGCAUUCACCACAAAAUACAUUCCUUACGAUACCCGACCGGAAGCCCAAAUCUUCGACCUUUUCCGUCUUCUGUUACAGUAUCAUGAUCCACAAUUGAGGUUUGAAGACACGUGUGUUCAUUCAGAACUCCCGCCAUAAAAAUUUGAAUUUAUUUUCGAAGGGCGCUACGCACCAAUUCAAACUUUUCGUUUGCCGCCUUUACGCCGGCGUACGCCCAUUGGCUGCGUGUCGCCCCUGUGCAAACACCGUUCUAGAUAUUUUGCGUACUUGGCACCAGAUACUACGCAAAUUUUAGGUCAGCUGUUUAUUUAUUCAAAUUAGAGAGUGCGAGAUUGAAGAGACGCCGACGAUGUUCGGUAGGGCGCGCUUGCAUGCGCGUAACAGUUCGAACGCUCGUGUGAAGAUAUAAAACAGAUUGCUCAAAAAAAUGUUUUUUUCAGCAAUCACCUUGAAUCUCUGCAUUGCUCUCCCGCAAUGUACUCCAAAAACUGGUUUUCAACCUUGUUUGCGAGUAGUAUGUCGACAGAAUCGAUUCAUGCGUUGUGGAAAUUGUACAUUGAGCAGGUACACAUAGUUUGCAACAUUUUAUAUGUGAAACAAUGUUAAGGGUGAUCCGUUUUUGGUGUUCAAUCUUGCGAUUGUGUUCUUAAUCAAUGCAAAAGAGGAAAUUCUGAAAACUAAAUGGAAUGAAAAGUAGGACUCUUCGUGAUCGUAUAAUAACACUCCUGACCAAUUUUAGAGAAUUGGCUGUUCAAAUUCUAGAAAACAUGGCUUCCCAACUCAGCGUAGAAGAUGUCCCCGAUUUUUUCCAACUGGCACUCCAUUACUCGGAUAAGACUCCAGAAUGUAUUCGCAAAGAAUUCCAUCAUGUUCUUUUUGGAGCCAACUUUGACGAAGCCCCGAAGGAUUUAUCAUUAAGCAAAAUGCUCUGCUUGCCUAUUGCAGCUGUGGAUUUAACUUCUAAUGACGAUAUAUCAAGCGGCAGUGUAAACUUCUUUAUCAUUGACACGAGAUCAAAUGCUGACUUUGAUUCUGGUCAUUUUGUUUCCUCUUUCAAUCUGGAUUGUGUGGCGGUGAGCUUUUCGGUAUAUUAUAUAUUAUUGAAAAUGUGUAAAUGAUUUCAGAUUGUCGACGAUCCGGAAAAGUUCGAGAUUGCCCUGAAUAGUUUGGAAUUCUACAAAAACUCUCGCCGUCAAGAUGACCAUUACCUUGUUCUGGGAUAUGGCUGUGAUAGCCAGGACACGUACAUGAACAUGCUCAUUGCUAUGUUUGUUCAAAAGGCAAAAAUUCACGUUUCCUUUGUGCAGGGUGGUUAUAGAAGUGAGAAUUAGACCGAUAUUUUGUUAACACAAUAAUUGUUUUAGAACUUCAUGCAUUUGUUCGUCACUUGGAAAAAUGGGAGCUGUUAGCCAUGCACUCCGAGGAAAGAUGCGAACUUUGUCAUUCUGAGAAAAAUGCUCCAAAAUGGGUGAGCCCUUUUAGUUUGAAUUCUACUGAUUAAACACAGGAUUGAACAAUCUCAUGUUUGUUUUUAAGUUUAUGUUGAAUUUUUCAGGGUCUUAUCUCCCGAAUGAAAUCAGUUGUCAGCAACACUUCUAGUAGAAUGAAGGAGCGUGUCGAAUCUGUAGUUUUCCCCAUUGGUGAAUCGAAAUCGCACGAUAAACUGUCAAGCCACGUGGAUCCCAAACAACGUCAUAACAAGAGAUACAAACAACUGUCCGUAUUCACAAUUGAUGAAAAUAGCGAUGAAGAAUUCACAACUGGCGCUGCGGUGGACGAGAAUCCAAAAGAAGAAGUGAAGACCCAACCAUGAAAUAAAUUGUGAAGACAGAACAUUGUUUCAGAUUCUUCUUUCAAAAGAGUUUACCGAAACUUUCGAAUGCAACGAGCUGUUCCGUGAUGGCAGCAUUAGCGGCCACAUUGCCCUUACACGGACUCACAUUUAUGUCCUUCAUGAUGUGCAGGGCAAGAAAGGAUAUGUUACCACUGAAGCGCGACAUGCCCUUUCGACGGUUGUGGCGGUGACGAGCAGAAGAAGUGUUCCAGAAGUUCUUACCUUUAAGUUUGGCUACGAAAUGAAUGGAACUUCAAAAGUUACGGCAGUUCACAAGUAAAAAAACAGAUAUUCUCAAACAACUAUAAUAUGUUUUAUUGCAGACUGUAUGUUCCAAAAGCUGGAGAAUGUGCAAAAGCAGUCAAGCUUGCAAUUUACGCUCUUCGUCCGCUACAAGAAGAACCAUAA